CUUGUCCAGUCCCUGCCCCAACCUCCCUCAACUGUGUGUGCCAAAACAUGACUCCAUUCUUUGUUUCUUAUGUCAGUGUGUAAGCAAGAGGCAGUUUCCUGGGCAUUCAAGGACUCACUAAAUAAACUAAUAUUGAUCCCAUAUCCCUUUAGUUUGGACAAAACAAUUUAGGCUUUAAAGUCUUUUGAUCUUAUAAAAGCAGGAUAAUAUGAUGUGUAUAGGUCCAUCGCUCAUCUGGAAUGAACUGUUGUAAUGCACAGAUUUGGUUUGCAGGUUUUUAGGUACAUUUGGAGUGUAAAAGUGAUCCAAAACAAGCCUGGCUGGUCCUGUUUAAGACAUAGUAAAAUGGCUCAUAAAUUCCUGGAGCAUCACACCUCAAACUCCAUUCACAGACUCACUUACUCCUUGACUUCAGAGGAAAAAGACGCUGCAGAUUCAGACCACUUUUCUGUCCAAAAAAGUGAUUUUUGUGAAAAGACUAUAGAAAGUCCAGAAACUGCGUGCACGUGUGAGUUUUCAAUUGAAAGUCAGGAGGUAUAUCCAGUCAGACUAAUAAGCCAAUUUUAACGUAUUUGGAUUAUUUUUUUCCCCAAUUACUUCUCAGUGUAAGAUGGAAAGGGCUUUCUCCAGGCUCUGCUGUUACAGGCCCAGAUAAUAGUGACUCACAUCGCUCCUAACAGGCUGCAGUCAUUUUUUCCGACGACCUCAGGCAGCAGAGGAGAGCCGCAGCCCUCACACACCGCUCCUUCUUCUUCUCGCUGGAGUUAACUUGCAGGACAGUUGGAGAUGCUUCAGGGGGCAGUAAGCAGGGCCAUGCUCUGCCUCCUGAUGGUGGUCUCCUUCUCAUCAGAGGGAGCAGCAGCGCCUCCAUCUUCUCCUUUCCCCCCUGAACAAGAAUCUGGAAAACCACACUUUGAGGACAUGGAUGGGUGGGGUUCUGGAUCAUCUCUUCUGCACCUGCUCCACAGCUUCCCUGCCGACAGCCCCUUCAUAACAGAGACACCAGAAAAUUCAGUCAACUGCUCCCAGCGUUUCUGGCUCCCACCAUCCUCCGGAAUCUGCUGGGAGAACAUCGCAGGGCCAGAGGAGUUUGCCAGGUCCCGUCUGCUGGUUCUCCAGAACAGGGCCGCUCUGCAGGCCGUGUCCACCUCCAGUGGGGUCGAGGACAGUGGGAUCUCAUAUGAACACCAAGCCAGAGAGGAGGUCCAGGGGAUCCAGUCAGACCACCUGAGUGUGGUAGAAACCGUGCAGACCAUGGAGAAGGUGUUUCUCUCUCUGGAGGAGAAGAGGAAGGAGGGGAAGGACCAGGGCGCCCUCACUAGCUUGAAGAUGAAUCUGGCCAACACGAGGGACGCCAUCGAGGGGAGAGAGCACUCUGCGAAUGUUCUAGAGGAUCACUUUUCUACUUUGGAGAAUAAUCUGCUGAACAUGCAGCUUCGACUCAACAGACUCAUCCAACAGUGACAGAGACGAGGACAUGUUGUCCCUUUUCCCUCUCUAAUUUGUACUGUAUUUACAUAUUAAUGUAGAUAUAGCAUGCAUGCUCAGGAUUAUGCUACUCCUUAGUAGAUUUGCACUAUGUACCAUGCAUACACCUUCAAUGAUAACAUGUGUAACCUGGAACCAGCAGAGAUAAAUAAACCUCACAUUAUCAGGGAGAUUUUAAUGAACCUGCAUAUA